AUGGCAGGCACACUAGACGAUGAGUAUGUCGCCAACCUGCUGAAGCAAGACGCGAAAAAGGCGGCUAAGACAUACGAAUUUGUCGGUGUAAAUGCUUUCAAUCCCAAAAGAUCAAAUUCCGGGGCACCCAAGCCAAAUACGAACUUUUUGCGACACAUAAUACGCCAAACCGACAACCACAAUGCUGCACUUCUCGCAAAGGAGGCAGAGGAAGCAAAUGCGCGUCUGAAAGCGAUGAAUCGCGAAAAAGAAAGAGCAAGGCGUAACGAGGUGACUAAGUUGCAGAAAAAGUCCGAAGGGCGAUUGACGCCAGUUUCGAGCAUCCUGAGCGACGAAGAAUUCAGGUCUGAGUCCGCAAGGAGACAAAGUGGUCGGAGAGACCGUGAUAAGGAGCGCUCCACUAAGCGAGGAAGGAGAGACCGAGAUAGCUCAGAGGAAGCUUCGCAUAGAACACACAGAGAUAGUACAAGGGAUGCGCGACACAAGCGACACAGGGAUAGUAGUGGCGAAGCCCGCCAGCGCAAGAGAAGGCAUGACGAUAGCGAUGAGGGCCGGUCAACUGGAAAACGAAGAAGAUCCAGGUCUUCUCACCGCGAGUCUUCCCAUCACAAACACAGAGAGGGUCAUCACAUAUCACGGAGGAGAGGGCCCUCUGACAGACACAGACGUCCCAGGUCGUACUCCAGAUCCACCUCACGCGCACGAUCCCGGUCACCCCGAUCAGACAAGAACCAAAGGCAGCACAGAAGGAGGAAUCGAUCGCACUCUGGCGACCGGGCAUCAAAAGAUUACAGGUCAUCGCGCGUUUCAAAUACACCCAACCCUGAUCAUCAAAAGUCCACAAGACAAUCUGCCUCCCCAGCAUACGACUCGGAUCCCCUCGAAGCCAUCGUCGGCCCUCUCCCACCCUCCCAUCCACCUGCUGUCCGAUCACGUGGCCGCGGCGCCCACAAAGCCAAUUCCAUGGGCAUCGAAUCCCGCUUCUCCUCAACCUACAAUCCAGCCAUUGACGUCAAACCCGAUUCAGACGCAGACGACGACUGGGGCGAUGCGCUUGAAGUUCACAAGGACCGCCAGCGCUGGCAGCAGCAAGGUGCAGAUCGUCUGCGCGCUGCGGGAUUCUCGGAAGAACAGGUUCGGAAGUGGAAGAGGGGCGAGGAGCAGGAGGAGGAGGAUGUGGUGUGGACGAGGAAAGGGCAGGCGAGGGAGUGGGACAGGGGGAAGGUUGUGGGUGAGGAUGGGGAUGUUGAAUUGAAGGCGGAUUUUGGGAGGUUGAAGUAA